AUGGCAAAUAUUGUGCACCUGCCUCUCAUUUGGAUUCUCUGUGUUUUCACAAGAUGCUUCAGUGAAUAUUUCUGCCCAAAGGGAGCAAAAAUUGACCGUGAUGGUUUGUACUGUUACUGGAUGCCGACAUUUACAUCAACAUGGCUAGAAACAAGAGACAUCUGUCAGAGAGAUGAUGGAGGAGACCUUGCUGUGGUGAACAGUGUGACUGUUCUGACCUUUAUACAAAAUUCAUUUCAACUAGAAGCCCCGGUUUUGGUCUGGCUGAGUAAUGGAAUGACAUCGGGUCCAUCUGAUGAUUUGGAUACUGUAACCUUCCAGCAUGAAGCAAGAGAAAUGAAGUCAUGUACUUCAAUGGCCCUGGCCUCUGGACAGUGGAUGAAUGAACAAUGUGAUAAGAGAAAUUUCAUCAUCUGUGAGAAAAUGAUAUCAGUGUCUUUGCCAUCACUGGAGAGCUUUAUGACAGGUGUGCCUCUAAUGUCAGGCAUAUACACAGUGUCCCAGAUGCAACUGCUACCUUCUCCACCAGACCCAGGACACCAUAGGGUUGAGGUCAUGUUGUUCCCAGGUCUCUGGUUCAGUCACGAGGGCCAAGUGAUGUCUUUGGAUUUGGUGACGCAGCCAAGUGAUCAGUUGACCUUUGCUAGAGUGCAAAUAUUUAGGCCUUACUGCAGCCCAAGUCAUCAUCUAGUGCCACCUGGUUGUAGUUAUCUGCUGAAUCCUUUCAGCUGCUGUUCACUGAUACCUAUGUGUAACACCACUGGUGGGUGUGCCAGCGGGCAGUAUUGGUGCCAUCUGCUGGAGACCUGUUUGCCUGUCACCAGUCCAUGUAGUCCUUAUCACUCCUUCAACCAGAGACAUCCAUUCUCCCUGCCUCCCCGCUACACUGCGACGCCACCGUUCUUCCAUUUGAUGGCAGACAUGUCACUCAAAUUGCCCCCAACUGCUGAUUACACACACAUCAGUGUUACAAUUCAAGACAAAGACAUCACUGUAUAUCCUGAUGACAUUCUGGCAGUGCAACACACUAGAAGAACAGGAGAAUUUCUACAUUGUGUUGCCGGUACCAGUUCAGCCUGGCGCCACAGUUACCUCUCUCUGCAUGGACCUGAGUGGGGAGGGUGGUUUAAGGGGAGUCUGACUGCCCAUCCAGGAGAGGGCCAAUGGCUAGAUGGUGUGGUCUGUGACCUCCGGGUGAUUUAUGAAGACACUAUGCCACACUAUGGUGUUUCAUCGAUACCUAGCACCAUGCAAACUACCUCAAAGAGCAACAGUCCAAUCAAAAUGCAGAGCCUUGUCACAAGACUGCAUGUUUUGUAUCCACAGCUUGACAAGGACAGCCAAAUGCAUGUUGCCAUCAAUGUUCCAACACUCAUUGUCAUCAAGAUUAAUUCAGGGGGAAACGCAAUCAGUUCCUGGUCGGCUCCAGUGUCAAAGACUGGAGUCUUGUUUAUGUCUUCUUGCCCUGCUGUUAUGCUUGAGAUUGAUGGAGGAUGUGUGAGGGAAACUUCUGACACAUGGUUCUCUCAUGUGUACAUGGUGCUUCCAAGUCAAGGUGAACAUACACUGAACAUUGUAGCUUCAAACAGUCUGAACUCCCAGAGUCUGAGUUUGAGGGUUGUGUCUCAUAUCCCUGUAACUGGGCUGAGUAUCCAGCCUCUGGGCUUCAGCAGAGUUCUUGUGGACAUACCACAGUUGUUUACAGCUUCAGUGGCCACAGGCUCAUCUGUGACAUAUACAUGGGUUAUUGAUGACCUGGUCCAGUUUGCACACACAGGAGAGUCUUACAGCUUGGCUUUUAAGAAUCCUGCAGAAUACACGCUUAAGGUGAUGGCAAAGAACCCUGUGAGCUCUCAGUUAAUUGAGGUCAAGCUAACAGCCGAUGUAAUGACCCCAUUAGCUGAACUAGCAGUAAUUUCCAUGCCAGAGGCCAUUGCUGUAAACACCUCAACUCUCUACACCAUUUGUGUUAAAGCUGACAUCUCUAUAGGUGUUACAAUCAGAUGGGAUUUUGGUGAUAAUACGACUUCUCUCAGUCACCCAAUUUCUGCUGCUUUAGAAAUUAAAGACAGCCAUCUUCAGCAAAGUAUCAAACAUGUUUACCUGCAAGACUCCGCACAUCAUAUGUUUUCUUUCCCAGGUGACUACACCUUGAAAAUAAUGGCUUACAACAAAUAUGACCAUAUUGAAAAGAAUGUAACGGUCAAAGUAAGGACUCCAAUAUCAAGAUUGCUGGUGUCAUCAUCUCCUGUUGUCUGUCAAGUCAACCACACCAUCUUCUUUGAGGUCUUACUAUGGCCUUCUUCAUACGGAGUGAUUUACUCCUGGAACUUCGGUGACAACUCCAGUAAAGUGAAGGACUAUCACAGUAAAGUCAGUCAUGUUUUUAUAAGACCCAGGAAAUACGAUGUCACCAUUUCUGCCAACAACACUGUGUCAGUCUUAACUAACUAUACAGCUGUGGAGAUAGUUGAAGCUGUCUCUGGUCUCCAGCUGAGUUACACUGGCUCCAUUGAACUUAAUUGCAUCUUUGAAAUCACUGGGAAUGUUUCUGCUGGCACACAUCUAAAAUGGACUUUUGACUUUGGAGAUGGUUCGGUACUAAAUGAUCACUUUGGAAGCUCCGCCUCUCACAUUUAUAUGUCUCCUGGUAACUACACUGUUCAGGUUGCUGCGUAUAAUUCUGUAGGUAGGGAAAACCAGUCGGUCAAUGUGGAAGUCUAUAAGUUGUUUAUUUGUAAAAUCUUGCCAACUGACUGCGUUGUGAAUGAAGCGGAGAUAGAUUUUGAGGUGGUGGUGAAAGGAAAUGUUCCUCUUUUAACUUUUCACUGGGAUUUUGGAGAUGGAAGUCAGUUGUCUAUUGUUAAAGGAGCUACCUCUAUCACUCAUACUUUCUUAAAUUCAGGGAUUUACUCAAUUAGUGUAAAAGCUAAUAGCCCAGUGGGUGCGGCCCAUUAUCAAACCAACAUAUGUGUUGAGCCCCAAAUUACAAAAGUCACAUUGCAUUUGCCCAAGACUGCUGUAGCGGUGAAUGAGGAAAUAUGCAUGAAUGUAUCUGUGCUUCCUAUAGUAAGUGAUCCUUAUAAGUUUCAGUGGAGUAAUAACUUUUUAAAUGAUACCCCAGUCAUAGGCCUGUCACACCAUUGCUUUGUUUUCCCAGCUGAGGGUUUGUAUGUAAUUAUGGUGAUGGCAAGUAAUGAAGUUAGCAACAAAACAACAGAAACAACAGUUUUGGUUCAAAUGUCUGUAUCCAAUUUAUUCAUAAAAUUAGAAGGUAACCAAGAUGCAAUGACUGUGAAUCAGUCCUAUUAUUUUUGUGCUGAGCUUUCUGGUAAGAGAGACGUUUCUUUUCAGUGGGACUUUGGAGAUGGUUUCUUAAAAAAGAAGGGUCAAAAUCAGUCACACAUUUUUGCUUUUCCUGGGAGGUUUUGUGUGACUGCUACUGCAUCUAAUGCAGUAAGUUCCCAUUCUGUGUCCAUAGAAGUAGAGGUGCAGGUACCUCUGUCAUAUUUAAUUGUUAAUACCAGUCAGCCAUUUGCAGAGGCAGGAAAAGAGAUACUAUUUAAAGCUUGGACUGAUGUGAAUGAAAAUGUUAAGUUUAACUGGACUUUGAAUUAUUUGUCACUUUCAACCCCUGGAACAUCUGAGUUUAUUUAUGUGUUUCCUAAAGCAGGGAUAUUUUUGAUUAAAGUCACUGCUCAAAAUCAUGUCAGUCUGAUGGAAACCACAAUGUAUAUUGAGGUCAUAGAGAGAAUAGAGGGGGUUCAAAUCCAAUCUCAAGGUCUGCAGUCUGCAAGAUAUUUCCUGACCAAUCAGAUUGUACUAUUGAGAACUUCAGUGACACAUGGUUCUAACUUGACAUAUAAGUGGCUUGCAGAUCAAAGUGGGACUAAUCAAACUAUAAGUAACAGUGUUCAAUUUCAGCUAUGUACAAACAUCUCUGGUGAUUUGUUUAUCAGGUUGGAAGUAUCCAAUGUUCUUGGAUCAGUAGAUACUGAACUUUCAUUGAGAGCAGUUGAGCGCAUUUCUGGUUUGAGGAUUUUAGCAUCAAUGAAUGUUGCCGCCAAAGGAAAACCAGUGAAGAUCUCUGUGAGUGUAGCAUCUGGAACAGACCUUCUGUACUCAUGGUUCCUGGACUCUGAACACAGUCCUAAAAUUUCAGAUGUACCCUUUAUUUUGCAUGUCUUCAAAGUUAUUGGUGUGGUCAAGCUCAGAGUGUUGGUCUCAAAUGUCUUUGGGUCUAACAAUGCAACUAAACUACUAAUAAUUCAGGAGAGCAUCUCCGAAGUAGACUUUCAGAUAAAUGGAAAAUCAAGCCCAUUUUUUGUCGCAUCAAAUAGAAUCCUGUCACUCCAUGGAUGUGCAAGGACAGGAAAUGUCCUACAUUGGGAAUGGACAUUAACUUUUCAUAACAGUACAGUUAUUCUUCUUGCUGACAAUCAAAUAUUUAGCUAUUCUUUUGUGGAUGUUGGAGAUCACCGUGUCUCACUUAAUGCCUCAAAUGACAUUAGCUGGCAAACUGUUUCGUAUAUUGUGACCAUUGAGGAUGCGAUCCAAGGACUUUCACUAACAGCUAGCAGCAGUAUUGUAUGCGAGAAUGAUUUGGUUUCAUUCAAACCAUCUGUCUCCCAAGGAAGUAAAGUUUCCUUUACUUUGGAAUUCAUGAAUGAAAUUUCGUCAGUGGACAUUGAGCAGAAUUUUACAACCUCAUCUCUUGCAGUUGGAAAGCACUUGGUGAGAGCAAUAGCAAAAAAUAAUGUUAGUAUCCAAACAGUUACAGUAACUGUGCAAGUGGUGGAAAGAAUGAAGGGCUUGCAUUUGAUUGGCUGUUGCUCUGCUGUCCUUGAGGCAUCAAAAACCAUUAAUUUUCAAGCAAAAGAAAGCAGUAGCUCACAAGCCGAUUAUCACUGGACUUUCCUAUUAAAUGGAAUCUAUUCCUCUCGGGAAAUCGGGCAAAACGUUCACUUCACACCUAUUACAAACGGAUCCCUGUAUGUUACAGUGGAAGCUGAUAAUGGCUUCUGCUCACAGUCCCUGAGCAUUACAGCAAAAGUACAGAAGCAUGUGAAGGAAGUGAAGCUUGUUAGCUCACAUGAUGUUGCUUUUAUUGACUAUCCAAUCUUUUUUGUAGCCAUCACAGAUGGAGGAAGUGACCUUAAAUUAAUUUGGGAUUUUGGCGAUCCCAGCGGAGAAACCCUGGUUACAAAAUCCAAUACUCAAGACCACAGAUACAAUGUUACUGGUCGGUUUGUGGUGCAAUUAACAGCUUUUAAUGACAUAAGUCAGGCCUCAACGCAAAUGGAAAUUGAAGUACAAAAAUUGAAGUGCACCCAGCCUGACAUCUACCUGGUUGAAGAACAAUCUAAGACAUUAAAAUCCAGACCAAGAUUUUUUGAAGCAAGAGUAGACUUCAAAGGUUGCAAUACAUACAAAGCAUCAUAUCUAUGGGAGAUUUUCAGUGGCCCUGAUUGCUCAGCAAUGGACAAGAUAUCAUUAAACGAUUCUGUUGAUGUUACUACACCACUUCUGUUUCUGCCAAGGCACACUCUUAAAGUGGGAAACUACUGUUUAGCAUUUACCACCAAACUACAGGGAACUCCCUUAAAGCAGCACAAGACUUUAAAGUUUGCUGUUGUUCACAGUCAGUUGGUGCCUCUGAUUAAAGGUGGAUCUCGCAGGCUCUGGUCAAGUAAAAAUGACCUUAUAAUGGAUGCAACUGAGUCAUAUGAUCCAGAUUCAGAGGAGAAUGAUUUUGAGUCGUUUUGGUUCCAGUGGGGUUACAUUAUAGAGAACACUGCAGCAUCGUCUUCAGACAUUUACACCCCUCAUCAUCAUAUUCCCGAAAAUGGAAGUAUUCUUCUUCUUCCCAGAAGUACUCUGUUGCCAGACAGAUUGUACACCUUUACUUUAACCCUUUACAAAAGUGGACGACAGCCUGUCUCUGUAUCACAGUCAGUUACAGUGUACAAUGUUGCUUUACUACCUGUGACUGUGAAUUGUGUAUCCUGUAACUCCCUGUUGUCAUUCCAUAUGAGUCAUAGUUGGCGAAUUGUCUUGGCUGGCUAUUGUUCUUCGUGUGAAGAAGACACUGUACAGUACAAGUGGACAGCAGAGAAUCAGAAAGGUGAAGCUAUAGCACUGAAUGAAGUCACUACCUCAACAGGAAACCUCUGGAGAGAGAUAGUCAUUAGAGCAGGGGUGCUAAUGGAGGGACAUGAAUAUACCUUUACUCUCAACGUGUCUGAACCAGCCUCUGGGAAUUGGGGGUCAGCAAGCAUCACAUUAGUCCCCAACCAUCCUCCCUACGGGGGCAUUUGCACUCUGUCACCAGACGACUCUCUUCAUUUCCUGGAAACAGUGGUCAUUUACAACUGCUCAGGGUGGAUGGAUGACGAUGGUGACUCAGCUCAACUGAUAUUUUCACUACAAGUGGCACAGUGUGAAGAUUUUGGACCAUUAUGUCCCUUGAUUACUCUUUAUAGAGGCACUCAAAGCACUUUCGGCUCCCUGGUGCCACUUGGUAAUUUAAGCAUAGCAGAAAACACAUCUGUUAUUUACAUGCUGGUGAUGGUUGAAGAUAACAUGGGGGCUUCAGUCAUCACAUUGAGAAAGAACCUGACAGUGCUGUUGAAUGACCAUUGCACAACUGAGUGGUUAAGAAAUAAGAUCCAAUCAGAGUUCUGGGCGUUGCUCCAGCAAGGCAAUCCUCAGAACAUCAUACAAUAUUCUAUCGCCCUCACCAGCCAACUCAACCAGCUGGAGACUUUUAGUGCUCAUGAUUUGGAGGACAAGAUUCAGAUGCGAGGAAAUGUAACUCAGGCUCUGGCGUCUGUGCCAGUCUCUACGCUUCAGGAUGUAGCACAGAUCAGCUCAGCUUUGGCCCAAUCUACAGCAGUUCCGUCUGAAGUGCAGUGCAAGGGCUGCCAAGCAAAGGUUCUUAAGGUUACGGAGAAGAUGAUCAAAGUAAUAAGAGAACAAACAGGACAUAGUGACAUCAGCCCCACAGAGACCGGCAGGAACAUUCUCAAUGUUUUAAGCAGUGCCCUGACUGUUGAUCAUUUAGAGAGGAGUAAUUCAGGCCACAAGCAUUUGGGAACAUCAGAGACAGCUGUAUCAGCACUAGGCCAGAUUGUAGAGCUCAUGCGUUCAUUGAUGUUGUCUCAGAUGCGUGGGGAAGAGGCUCUUUCCCUCGCUGCUCCAAAGAUCAAUGUGGUGGGCAUACGGGGUGACCCUACUAAAGACCUCCUGUGCACAGACAACUCCAACCACUGCCAGUUUCACAUCCCAUCAGCACUGAGCUCUCACCUGAAGGAAAAAAGACAAGAAGUCCUGCAGAUCCUUUUGCAAAUGGAGGCAGAAGAAAACCCAUUCAUUCCAGCUGCAGAACCACCUAUAUCCACAACGCUUGCAGCCAUGGAGUUUGCUACACCACAAGGGAAGCCCAUUCCUAUUACUAACCUGACACCAGACACUGCAAUUCAAUUCAUUUUGCAGAAAAAGAUAAGAGAGGAGGAGGAUGAGAGUUUGCUUAGGAAACAUUUCACUCUGUCAUCUAAGGGGAGUUUAAACUUCACAGUUCAAGCAGUGCAAACUAAACCUCAGGCUGGCCUCUAUGUUUCCCUUAACUUCAGUGUCAUCCCAGGAACUGGUGAGACAGCCUCUGGACUAGUACGGAUAUCUGUUGGUGACCACUCAGUCCAUUCACUGUUUCAGCACACUCAUACUGAAGAGCUCCACAUCUCUCUGUCAGCUGAGACUCCAUCACUAGAGCAUACCAUCUUCCUUACACCACUCUUGAAUGGUUCUACAAAAGACCUUUUUGUGAGCCUGAACAGUCAUGUCAGAGGUGUGGAUGUGACGGUCUCUGUGUGUGUGUUCAGCAUGCUGUGCCAGUUUUUCAAUCUUAAAGAGAGUCGCUGGAGCAGUGAGGGUUUGAGUAGUCUGAGUGGCAGCAGUCCCCACACUGCCCAUUGCCUCACCCAGCACCUCACCAUGUUUGGAGCCAGUCUCUUCACCCAUCCGGAGGCAGUUUUACUGCUGCCGCCUUCAGAAGAGCCGGUGAGGAAUGUGUUGGUGGGAAUCAUUUGUGGAGUCUUGCUACUAAUUCAUCUGAUGGUUGGUGUUAUCGCCCACAAACUGGAUCACCUGGAAAGUCUGCGUCUGUGUUGCGUACCACUGUGUGGCCAAAAAGGUCGCUACCAGUAUCGGGUUCUUGUCAAAACAGGUUGGAAAGGAGGCUCUGGUACCACCGCACAUGUUGGCAUUAGCCUGUAUGGUCUGAAUAAAAGUGGUUCACGUCACCUCCAAAGAGAAGGAGCUUUCCUGAGGAAUAGUCUGGAUGACUUCCAAAUUGAAACUGAUGCCAAUCUUGGCGAGAUCUGGAAAAUACACAUCUGGCAUGACAACACAGGUCUAGACCCAUCCUGGUACCUGCAACAUGUGAUCAUCUGGGACAUACAGACAGAUAACAUGUUUUUCUUCCUGGUGGAAGACUGGCUAUCUGUGGAGAAUGAAAAGAACUCUGGAAGGGUGGAGAAAGCUGUUUUAGCUUCUAGCCCUCAGGAGCUGCAGCAGUUUAAGAGGAUUCUUUAUGCCCAGUUGUUGUUUGGGCUUCGAGAGCAUCAUCUGUGGAUUUCAUUAUGGGAGCGGCCGGCCCACAGCAGCUUUAGCCGAGCCCAGAGGGUCACCUGCUGCGCCCUCUUAUUGCAUCUGUAUCUGGCAGCUGGGGCAGUGUGGUAUGGAGCAGUGGGCAGAAAGGGCAGUAGAGGCCCGGUCUCUACACAGAUGUUUAUGAAUACAGAGACCAUUCUGGUUGGAAUGACAGUUGCAGCUUUGAUUUUCCCUCUCCAAUCCAUCCUCAAAUUUCUGUUCCAAAAAACUAAGAGCAAGGUGACAUCGGAUGUGUCUCUGCCUCCCUCUCCUGUGUCUCACAGCAUCGAGAUGGAUGUUUUCCUCAGUCAUCCAAAUCUCUCCCACUCUUCUUUUCUGUCACUACCCGCUGGCCUUGACUCUUCCAUAUAUGAUGGACAGUCUACUUUCACAAACUCUUUGCAGAGCAAGAAACUAGAUUUGGAAUUUUGGAACUCUGCAGAACGAGUGGAUAACUGGCCAUCAUGUGAGAGUAUCUUUGGUGUGCCUGAGCUGACAGGAACCACUCACCUCCUGAAGAGAAAAAAAGCCCAUUUACAACUACAUUUGUCUUCAACCUCUGACCAUGACACCUUGAAACCAUCCGAGUCUCCAGAAGAUCUUAGGACUAUAUCUGCAGACCUGGAACCCACAAACACUCUGUCCUCAGGGCCAGCUGCAUCUGACAGUGGUCAUUUUACACCCAAUGAGAGCACCCUAUCUGACAUUUCGUGUAGUGAGUGGUCUGAUCUGAGUGUGGAUACACUAGCAUAUGAAGCUGGCCUCCACAAAUCCCCCUCCACCCUCUCAGUGCUCAGUGAGGCCAGCACAUUUCUCCCUAGUCUCCCACCCGACUCUAUAAGCACCACCUCCAACACACGCAUUGGAGUGGUUCGUGGUAUGUCUGGCAUAAGGCUUCCUUUCUGGGUUCUGCGUGUGGUUCACCUGCUGGUGGCUGUUCUGCUGGGAACAUGUCUGGCUCUGGUGGGACUGUAUGGGAGCAGGUUUUCCAGCUCUGUGGUUCUAAUGUGGAUGGUGUCAACCCUGUCUGCCUGCCUCACUUCUGCCUUGCUGUUGGAACCAUUUGCAAUAUGUGUACAGGCACUAUAUUUGGCUGCUGUGGUGAAACCAGUGGACCCAGAGGUGGAGGAGCGUUUGUCUCAGGAGACUGAAGUGAGAAGGACAGGAGCAGAUGAAGAAGAUAAGGUGCAUCCUCCCUGUGGGUACGGCCUGCUGCAGGCUAGAGAGGAAGCCCGGAAAUUGCGAACACUUAGAGCAUUAAUGAGGAGCUGUUUAGUCUACAUGCUCUUCCUGUGGAUGGUUCUGAUGGUGAACUACCAGGAAACUGUCCAGGAGGCUAACUGCAGAUUUCUUCGCUCUGCUAUAAAACACACACUCAUUUCAGCUUCACAUGGGCAGCCCAGUCUCACAGCAUUACCUGGAUGGAUGAAUGCAGAGCAGUGGAUAGACCAGAGAUUAAUAUCACACCUGUAUGAAAACCCUUCACUGUCUUUAAUUGGCCCACCUCGACUACAGAAAGUGUAUUCUCAAGACUUAUGCAGUGAAAAUUUUAGAGAUCAGUUCCAAUCUGGUCGAUAUCCUUUGAUGCUGACUGCUCACGUUUUAUCACAUGCCAGCCUUGGACACCAGAGAUCCUCUGCUCCCAGCAAGAACACUCCAGCCCUUUUAACUCAGCCGUGGAGUAAGGGCACAUCAUGUACAUUUGGUCAGAGAGAGGAAGUAGUGCUUGGGAACAACAGUGAAUCCACACGUCAGAUUCUGUCAGACCUACAGACUGCAAACUGGAUGACAACAGGAACACAGGCAGUGUUGAUUGAGUUCACUCUGUAUCAUAAAGAGACGAGUAUCUUGGCACCAGUCUCUAUUCUCUUGGAUCAGACACAGACAGGCAGAAUUCUUGCUUUUAUCUCCAUCCAGCCUUUUCACAUCUCUCCAUUCUCUGGUCCAGACUUACACAUCACAUUGACGGUCCUGCUUUUGCUGUUUGCCCUGUGCUUUCUGAGUGCUGAAGUAUUGGCCUUGAUCAGGAAGCCGAGUCUAUAUCUAAAGCAAGCUUGGUGCUGGUUUCAGCCAUUGUCAGCCUUUCUGGCCCUAGCAGCAGCUGUUUUUCGUCUGUAUUUCCUCUCCUCAACUAAAGCCUGCCUCUCCAGACAUCACUCCCAGCCCACCGCUUUUGCUGAUUUUCACAGUGUUGCCACACUGGCCAGAACAUCCAGUCAGCUUUCAGCAGUUCUAGUAACACUCUUGGUUCUAAAGAUGGUGGGGAUCCUACGGUUUGUUAGGAGAUGGCUGGUGUUGGGACGGGUUAUUCGACUAGUAUUCCCUCAGAUCUGUGGCGUGGCAUUCCUGCUGCUUGUCCUGUGGUUUCUGUUCUCUCACACAGGCUUUAUGCUCUUCUCCAGUUCAGUAAAGGGAUUUAGGACCUUAGGGCAGGCGAGUCAAUCUCUGCUGUGUUUGUUGAGAGGGCAUGUGGGGCUGCAUCGACUUUGUGAGCAUCAUCCAGUGGUGGGAACUCUAUACUGCUUGGCUGCUGUUGGCAUUGGGCUUUGGGUACUUUGGCGCCUGUGUGCUGCUGUGUUGAUUCAAACCUACCGAAUAGUGCAGGCAGACAUUUACAGACCAUCCAUGGAGCCACAGGACUACGAGUUGGUACAGCUUCUCAUUAAACGGCUCAAGCUAUGGAUGGGACUUAGCAAGACCAAAGAGUUCAGGCAUAGAGUCAAGUUUGAAGGAAUGGCUCCUCCACCUUUCAGAUCCUCCCAGGGCUCUCAAGUCUCCAACCCCUCUGUGCCACUCAGUCCUAUGGGAUCCCAGCAGACCUCUUCUGUUUCCUCUUUGGCCUCAGAUUCCUCCAUCAUUUCAGAAAGUUUUGACUUUGACCAUUAUGUGGACCGCCUGGUGCCCUGUGUUGAUAACCUUCUGGCUGGCUUUGACCGUGUCAACCAGCUGACUGAGGAGGUAUACAGCUUUGAGCUCCAACUUCAAGAGGCCAAGAGCAGGAUUUCCCAGAGAAGAAAGUUGCAAAGACUUCAGAAGGUGUCCUUUCAGGGAUCUGCUCCAACCCCAAAGCCAACACAACUCCCUCAACAUUCAUCUACCUGUCUUUUGGAAUGUAAACCAACUCCAUUUCCACUCAAAGGCAUCACUAAUACCCUUCCAUGCCGCCGUGCUACCCAUUCAGAGUCCUCAAUGUUGGAGUCCAGUGCCCUCUGUAAUAAAAGAAUACUUUCUACAGUGGAUCGAGGGGUGAACAGUGCAAACCCUGGAUGCGGGGGCAGCUCAAGACGCAGAGCCUGGAAUUCAGUGACCUGCCACUCUGCCGACACCGCCCAAAGGUUAGCUUGGUCUCAGAGCUCAGUGGCCUUGCCAGAGAGACCCCAAAGUGAAGAUGGAGACAGGGAACACGUGCAUGAUGGCAUGCCAAUUAAGAGACAGGCAUGGUAGACUGAUUGAAUGUAGUAAUAUUUGUAUGAUUAAGUAUUACUUGUUGUGGAUACUAAUUUUAUCAGUAACACUUUACACUAAAGUUCUAAACUGUAUUCUUGCCUUUCCCUGAUUAGUCAGAUCUGCUCUGAUAUGGUGAUCACAUGCAACCAUGGGUACACCUCAGACCAUCAGAUUAAUCUGCACAGAAGAUAGUAGUGUAGCUUUAAAUGUGAACUCAGUCAUUUGUUCCUCAUUAAAAAUCGUUUAACUCCUUAAGACAUGAAUAGUAAUUCAUUUUAGAAUCACAUGACUAGCCAAAUUUACAUUUACAUUUACAUUUAUUCAUUUAGCUGACGCUUUUAUCCAAAGCGACUUAGACACAACCAAAUACUACUUGCUUAAUCUCAGUAACAGUCCUGUUAUUAGAUACUUUCCCUUUUUGAUUAGUCAUGGCAGACUGUGAAUGCUAAAUAUCUACGAUGGCAUCUGGAAAUGAAAACUAUUGAUUUUAAAUGAUGCUGCAUCCAAGCCUCUAGGUGUCAGUGUAAGUCCAAGAUGACACAAAGACAAAAGAUACUGAGUUCACCUUUAACAUUAACACAUUAGGUGUCUUAAACUAACAACGAAUGGUAAACAGUAUUCAUCUUAAUGUUAAUUUAGAAAUAUUCUAUUGUUAAUGUUGUUUAUACAUAAUGUAUUAAUAGGCAUAUAUGUAGAAAUUAGCAUAAACCAAGAUAAAUAAAUGCUUUAAUGUAUUGUUGAUUGAUAUUUCAUGUUAACUAUUCUUUUAAAUUGUGUCAGUGUAUAUGACCUUAUUUUACAGUGUUAUAAUUUUAUUAUUUUCAUUUGCAAAUAGUUUGUGUAUUGUUUUGACACAGUGAAGGCACGAUGUGUUUGUCCUCUGCACUAAUCACUUAUGAGCUUUAGAUUUUGUAGUGUUUUUACAUUUAUGAGCUUUAGAUUUUGUAGUGUUUUUACAUUUAUGAGCUUUAGAUUUUCUACCUCGUGACAGGUGCUUUUGCACUGUUUUUCAUGUUGAAGUGUUUGUUUAUGUCAUCUGUGUUUCCUUUUAAUUUGAUCAUGUUUAAGUAAAUCUCUGUGUGACAUAUCUUGCAUGGAAGAAUCUAUUUGAAUGUUGUGUCAAUAAAAUGACAUGGCCAUCAAAAG